AUUCGAUGAAAGCGAAUUGAAACUAAACGAAAUGCUUUAAAGUGGAAUCGAAGCAAAAGUGAAUCCAACAUCAAUACUCAAUUCUCGAUGACAUUCUAAUGUGAUUAUUUAGCAAAUUUUCGACGUAUUAAUUCGUUCGUCGCCAUGACUCACAUCAUUCUAUAGGGCACAUAAAUGUGAAGUUGUUGCGAGAUUUAAUAUUGGUUACGUUUUGCGACACACGAUGACAGUGCCACCUUGCGCUAUUCCUCGCUACUCAUUGAUCGCACAAACAACGAUGUGUUAUGCGCUUGCACUCCUACCAAACGGAACCAAGCAACAAAAAAUAAUCUGUCAAAAAUGUGUUGUUUUUAUUCUCUCAUAUUUUAGCCGUCAAUACCACUAUCACACACUGUGAUUGAACAACCUUAGUGUACAAGAACGGUGUAAACACGCGACAAAAGCUUCAUUCACACGGAUUUUUCUUUUGUGUUUUUUCUUUCUUGCCCGUAUUUUUUUCGCUCAAUUUUGAAUCAAUUGCAAUUUAUUUGUAUUGGAUUUUAGGGAAUAUUCCAAAUUAACGAUUCACACAUUGAAAUUUGUUGCGAGUGAAGGGCGAAAAAGAGAAGAAAAAAAAUAUGGAAAUAACAGAAAGGCCACAGUGUUGCAUCGAUAGAUGCUUGACAAAAACAAAGUCAAUUAAAGUCAAAGACAUCAUUUAUUAUUUGUUUCCAACUGACGCUGACUGGGCACAUAAAUGGGAAAUGAAGAUUAAGGAUUUUGAUCCGAGGUACAGACGCAAAUCAAAUCAUAUUGUUUGUUCGUUGCAUUUUGCAAAGUCGUCCAUGCAACCCAUAUCCCGGCAAUUGGUUGACCACGCACUGCCCAUUUAUUUCCCGCAAAAAGCCACCACUACGCAACCUCUUCCGCAGCAGAAGAGUACGAAGCCGGUUCCAGAUUCAACGUCAACUGAAUCAAAGUGCUGUAUUACUGGUUGCCCAACCAAAUUCGACGACACGGAUCCGAAAAUUGCCGGCUUUAAAUUCCCCGAUAGCGAAGAACAGCGCAAAAAAUGGAUGUUUAUCAUUGAAUUAUAUAACAACCAAAAGAUUGAAUGGAACAAAUCGAUGAGAGUUUGUGCGCUUCAUUUUGCUAGCGCUUGUUUUACAAUGGAUGACAAAUUAACGGACGGUGCCAAGCCAUCGAUAUUCAAGAGUGCAAUCGCAUGUAGACAAAAGGAAAUUGCAAAGCAGCAAACACAAACGACCCAUCAACAGGCAUCCCCAACAAAAACGCACAGCAUAAAUGUCCCGUUGCACAAGAAAAAUGCCGACAAUCAUUCGAUGACAAGACGCAGUGCUCCAGUCAUUGCGCGCCGAUUAUCAUUGCCAUAUUCAAAGCUGCCACCACUUUUGCCCAAGCCAAACAUACAAGUAUUGAAACGGCCCAAUCCAGUUCAAAUGAACAGUGUGAAUGUGGCAAACAAACUGCAGCGCAUUAGCCUACCAAAUGGUAGGCUAACACCUGUGUCAACAGCAAGAGCAAACAUAAACGCAACAGCCAAACGGCCCGUUCCAGCGCUUACUAAAGUCAACGUUGUACCAAAUCCACAAUUUGUAGCCAAAGGAAAUGUGUCAGUAUUGAGAAAAUCGAUGCCAUCGCCACAGAUGAAUAAAUUGUCACUUUCACAGGCUAUUGUUGCGCGGCUAGACAAUGGAACCGCCAAAUUAAUACCCGUAUCAACGUCAUCGGCCGCACAUAUAACUAGACUACCGCCAACAUUGAAGCCAGCGCCGCGGCCAGUGAUCACCUUACCGAAAGGCACAUACAUCGAAACUCAAAUCCCGAAGAUAAGCAGAGUACAAAGCAUUCCCAAUGUACAACCGAAAGUUGUGGCAAAAGUAAUGGAACACCCAAUGCCAAUCCUUAGCAAAGCACCGGAAAAAGUUGCUACCGUGUCGAGUCCAGUUGUUGAAGAACGCCGCGUUCCUGAUGUAAUUGUAAUCGAGGACGAAGAAGUUGAAAUAGCGAUGGCCAUAAAGACAUCCGAAGAUACCGAUGAUGCAAAUGCUACCACAACAAACAAAAAUGACGACCAAAAGCCGUUGUAUACUGUCCAAGAUGAACGUGCGUUCAAAUUCCCACGCAUGCUUUUGGCACGGAUUAUAGAAAAAAAGCGACAGAAUGACGAGUUCUCCACUGAACUCACCAAAUGGAAGAAAAUCGCUCUCAAAAUGAAUCAGCAGUAUCGUUUGCAAAGGGCAACCACCAGCAUGGAAACAAUUGAUAUUUCAUAAAUAUGUAAGCAAUUCAUCAUAGGUAUAGGUUAUUGACUCAAUUUUUUUUUCGUUCAUAUUUUCAAUGCUCCGACAAUGUAUUGUUCUCGAUUUUAAAAGUGAAUAAAAUGAAUUCAGACUGUAUGAAAAGAAA